GCAUCAGCAGUUAGAGAGCACCAGUGUUCCCGGUGCCCGGGGUGUACUAAGAAAAGAGGAGAACUGUCCCAGCUGACCUUUCUGCGCCAGAAAAAGACCCUCCUAGAGUCCGCUCUACUCAAAGAGAAGAUGGAGGAGCAUCGCUAUACCAAAGACGCUCUCAGCUCCAUUGGAGAAAUCCACAAAAGCCUUCCCAGGCUUUCAGAUGACCCAGAGACCAUCUGGACGAGAUUAAAUGCUCGAGGUCAGGUUGGGUAGAGUAGGGUUCAGUUUGGCCCCAGAGGGGGAGGUUGGAUUGAAAUAUCAGGGCCUCUCAUCUCCAUCCUCUUCACCUCCCGCCCAAAUCCCUUUGUUGCAGCCAGCUGUUAAUAACAACAUGGUCAAUAAAGAAAUGUUUCUGUCA